GCGGGUCUACGCUCCUCUUGUCCCGCCUCUUCCCUGCAGCUAUCCUCUCCUCUCCUGAACGCUGAUGUGUUACUAACUUCAGCCUACAACUCUGCUAAAAUGUUUAAUUUCGGAUCAAAAAUGCUGCUGCUCUUCCUCCUGGCCUUCCCAUGUGGACUUAUGUCCAUCGGCCAUGUCUCUGCAGACUCGGACUCUGCUGAGGACCUUGCUGAGGACCUUGCUGAGGACCUUGCUGAGGACACAGAAGCUGCAGUAGAUGAGGAGGAAGAUGAGGAAGAGGUGCUCGUUGAGGAAGAUCAGAUACAACCAUCGGAAGGAGAUGAAGACGACUCUGAUGACGGAGCAGAUAAACAGAUUGGGUCUCACCCUGAUGCCGACACCACCAUCCUCUUUGUGACAGGAGAAGAGUUUCCUGCAAAUGAAAUUGUGAGGUUCCUGGUUGGUUUCACCAACAAAGGAAGUCAGGAAUUCACCGUUCAGUCGCUGGAGGCCUCCUUCCGUUACCCACAAGACUUCCAGUUCUACAUCCAGAAUUUCACAGCAUUGCCUCUGAGCACCGUGGUGCCUCCCCAGGCUCAGGCCUCCUUCGAGUACUCCUUCAUCCCAGCGCAGCCCAUGUCGGGCCGUCCUUUUGGUCUUGUUAUCCUCCUAAACUAUCUUGACACUGAGGGCAACGCGUUCCAGACAGCCAUCUACAACCAGACUGUCACCAUCACUGAGCUGGAAGAGGGACUGGACGGAGAAACAAUGUUCCUGUACAUCUUCCUGGGGGGACUGGCGGUGCUGAUGAUCUUUGGGGUGUACCAGGUCCUGGAGACGAGGACGAAAAAGAGAAUCCCAGUGAAAAUAGAGAAGGGCACUGGUGGGAUGAGCGACGUGGACAUCAGCUGGAUUCCUCAGGAGACUCUCAAUUACAUGAACAAGGCUUCCCCUAAAGCAUCUCCACGAAAACGGACCAACAGGGCAGCUGGUACAGAUCAAUAAAACCCUCCGUUCCCAUUCGUCAUCAUACAGUCCAGCAGGCGUUCAAAGCUAGUUUCCUCACCACAGUAACCCGAUUCCCAUUUACAAUGGAGCAACAUUUCCAGUCUGAGCCAUGUGCUAAAGUUGUUUGAGUGGAUCUCAUCCUGCUGCUCUGCCGGAGCCUUGACUGGAGAGCAUCCCGGACUGGAAGACCACUUAGACACUAACAGGACUGAACUACAGUUCAUUUUUAAAGGGACUUUUUUAUCGGUGUGUGUGUGUGAAAAGUGGUCAAAGAUGAACCAAUAAGUCAUUAAACUUUUUAUGGAAAAACAAAGUUGCAUUGUGGAACAAACUACAAAAGAACGCUAAAAAUAUCAGACACUGCCUGUACAAAUGCUGUCCAGUCAAAAUGGUUAAUUUGAAUAUUUAUAAUCUGCAUUUUUAAGCUUCAAAACAUUCCUAUUCCUCUGCUGAAUGAGAGGAAUCCCACUCCUCUCCAUUGUGUACACAUCAUUGUGCCUUAUCUUCAGUGCUCUGCUUAGCAUUAAUGCUAAGAAAAACAGAAGAUGAAAUUGAUUUAAAGUUUUCCUCACUACUGCUUUUAACAUCCAGUUAUAUAUAGCCUAGGGUUUUUGAAAAUAAAAACCUUGAUUUUUA